AUGAUGAACACCAUCAUCUCCAUCCUGGCUUUGGCCAUCGCCUCUUCUGCCACGCCUAUCGCGCUCCCCAACUCGGGGUCUGCCGUGGUUGCGACACGUCAAAUCUUCUUUGACCGCACCAGCUUGACCGAGAAUGAGUUCUCCAGCCGGCUCAGUGGCGGAUGUAGGGAUGUCAUCUUUGUUUGGGCUCGAGGAUCUACCGAAGCGGGCAACAUGGGCUCUAUCAUCGGUCAGCCACUGGGCGAUGAGCUGCGCCGCGAAUACGGUGACGACCUGGCUAUUGAGGGCGUCGAUUAUGCAGCGCUGCUUUCCACCAACUAUCUGCCCGGCGGCACCGAUCUCGUUUCUGAGCGCGAGAUGCGCGGCAUUCUUGAAGACAUCAACAGUCAAUGCCCUUCGGCUGUCAUCGUUUGCGGUGGCUACUCCCAAGGUGCAGCAGUCAACCACCGCGCUAUCGAGGAUCUCUCCGCCAGUGUCAAGAACCAGAUCGCUGGUGUCGUUACCUUUGGCGACACCCAAAACCGCCGUGACAACCAGCAGAUCCCCAACUUCCCCCGCGACAAGCUCCGAAUCUUUUGCGGUGGGCUCGUUCGCGACACGGUUUGUGACGGUAACCUCGCAGGGGCUGUUCUACUUCCUCAUCUCAGCUAUGGCGAUGACGCGGAGGAGGCUGGCGAGUUCUUGAUUGGAAAGAUUAAUGCGGUUCGUGCCGCUAAAGCUUAG